AUGCAUGAUUCAGUACAAGGGGGAAUCCGACGGCUUCUCGAUGGCCUGACAAUCUGCUGGACGGAUCCCGCCACGACCGUCGAGCAGAAAAGAGCCCGCUGUGAACAAAUAGUAGAGGAAAUUGGUACUGCAUAUCAAACAAUGGAACGGAUGAAAGAAAAAAUUGUGCACGAUUCAACAGCCGGACAGUUAAUAUUACCUGAAGCAUUAAAACUUUUGUCGAUUUAUGUAACAGCAUUAAUCAAAUGUGAUCCAUUAAUUGGAACUCAAACGCGGACGACAGACGAUCGGAGUUGA